AUGCUGGCAGGACAGGGUGCCCCAUUAGUAAAGUCUGUGCUCGCUGUUCUGGGCCUCAUUACCAGCGCAUGGAGCCUCAACCCAGAAGACCCCAACGUCUGCAGCCACUGGGAGAGCUAUGCGGUGACCGUCCAGGAGUCGUACGCCCACCCCUUUGACCAGAUCUACUACACCAGGUGCACGGACAUCCUCAACUGGUUCAAAUGCACCAGACACAGGAUCAGCUACAAGACGGCGUACCGGCGGGGGGUCCGCACCAUGUACCGCAGGCGCUCGCAGUGCUGCCCCGGAUACUUUGAGAGCGGCGACCUGUGUGUCCCUCUGUGCACGGAGGAGUGUGCCCACGGCCGCUGUGUGUCUCCGGAUACGUGCCAGUGUGAGCCUGGCUGGGGAGGUCUGGACUGCUCCAGCGGCUGUGAGCCUGGUUACUGGGGUCCUCACUGCAGUAACCGGUGCCAGUGUAAAAACGGCGCCCUGUGCAACCCCAUCACCGGGGCGUGUGUGUGCACGGACGGCUACCAGGGCUGGCGCUGUGAGGACCAGUGUGAGCCGGGCUACUACGGCAAGGGCUGCCAGCUGCCCUGCCAGUGCCUCAACGGCGCCACCUGCCUCCACGAGACCGGAGAAUGCAUCUGCGCUCCAGGAUACACCGGCGCUUUCUGUGGAGAGCGCUGUCCCUCUGGCAGCCACGGGCCUCAGUGUGAGCAGCGCUGUCCCUGUCAGAACGGAGGAACCUGCCACCACAUCACCGGAGAGUGCUCCUGCCCCGCCGGCUGGACGGGUUCCGUGUGUGCCCAGCCGUGCCCGUUUGGCAAGUACGGCAUCAACUGCGCCAAAGAGUGUUCGUGCCGCAACGGCGGGCUGUGCGACCACAUCACGGGCCAGUGCGAGUGCAUGGCAGGCUACAGUGGUACCAGGUGCCAAGAGGAAUGCCCAGUUGGCACCUAUGGUCCCCAGUGCGCUCUGCACUGCGACUGCCAGAACGGUGCCAAGUGCUACCACAUCAACGGCGCCUGCCUCUGCGAUACGGGCUUCAAAGGCCCGCACUGCCAGGACCGGUUCUGCCCGCCGGGACUCUACGGGCUCAUCUGCGAUAAGUACUGCCCCUGCAACACCACCAACACCAUCAGCUGCCACCCACUGUCCGGUGAGUGUUCCUGUGCCGCUGGGUGGACUGGCCUCUACUGCAACGAGACCUGCCCUCCCGGUUACCAUGGCGAGGACUGCAAUGACCCGUGCCAGUGUGCCAACGGGGCGGACUGCCACGGCAUCACCGGCGCCUGCAUCUGCGCCCCUGGAUACAUAGGAAAUGACUGUACCCAGACCUGCUACCCGGGGCUGUAUGGGACCAAUUGCUCGUCCGUCUGCUCCUGUCACAACAUGGCCACCUGCUCGCCUGUGGACGGAUCCUGCAUCUGCAGAGAAGGUUGGCAGGGUGUGGACUGCUCAAUCCCAUGCUCCAGUGGCACCUGGGGCCUUGGCUGUAACCAGUCGUGCCACUGUGCCAACGGCGCGGCCUGUGACCCGCUGGACGGUCUGUGUACCUGCUCCCCCGGCUGGAGAGGACAGCGCUGCGAUGAGCCCUGCCCGGUGGGCACCUACGGCCUGGAGUGUCGCGAGCGCUGCGACUGUAACCAUGCCGACGGCUGCGACGCAGUGAGCGGCCACUGCCGCUGUUUGGCGGGCUGGACAGGGAUCCACUGUGACAGCGUGUGUCCUCAGGGCUUCUGGGGCCCCAACUGCUCCUACACGUGCUCCUGCCAAAAUGGCGGCUCCUGCUCGCCCGAGGACGGGACCUGCGUCUGCGCACCAGGCUACCGCGGGACGUCCUGCAAGAGAAUCUGCUCCCCUGGGUUCUACGGUCACCGCUGUAGCCAGUCAUGCCCACAGUGUGUGCACAGCACCGGACCGUGCCACCACGUCACGGGGCACUGUGAAUGUCUGUCCGGCUUCUUCGGCUCUCUGUGCAACCAAGUGUGCCCCAGUGGUCGCUAUGGUAAGGCCUGCGCUGAGGUGUGCCUCUGCACCAACAACGGCACCUGCAACCCCAUCGAUGGAUCCUGCCAGUGCUACCCCGGCUGGAUCGGAGAGGACUGCUCGCAGGCCUGCCCAGCUGGCCACUGGGGGCCGGACUGCCUGAACUCCUGCAACUGCCACAACGGGGCCCAGUGCAGCGCCUACGACGGGGAGUGUAGGUGUGGCCACGGAUGGACUGGCCUCUACUGUACACAGCGCUGUCCAUCAGGUUUCUACGGGCGGGACUGUGCGGAGGUGUGCCGCUGUCAGAACGGAGCGGAUUGCGACCACAUCGGCGGUCAGUGUGCCUGUCGCACCGGAUUCAUCGGCGGCAGCUGCGAGCAGAAAUGUUUUGCGGGGACGUUUGGCUAUGGCUGUCAGCUGCUGUGUGAGUGUAUGAACAACGCCACCUGCGACUACGUCACCGGAACCUGCUACUGCAGCCCCGGCUACAAAGGCAUCCGGUGUGACCAGGCAGCUCUGGUGAUGGAGGAGCUGAACCCCUACACCAAGAUCAGUCCGGCGCUGGGCUCGGAGCGCCAGUCGGCGGGCGCGGUGAUGGGCAUCAUCUUCCUGCUGCUCAUCAUCAUGGCCCUGCUGAGCGUCUUCGUGUGGUACCGCCAGCGGCAGCGCGACAAGGCCCAGGACAUGCCCAGCGUCUCCUACACGCCCGCGCUGCGCGUCGCCAACACCGACUACUCCCUCUCAGACACGUCUCAGAGCAGCAGUAACAGCCAGUGCUUCUCCAACCCCAGCUACCACACCGUGGCCCAGUGCAGCGUCUCCUCGUCCAUCUCCAACAACAUGGACGGCACACUCACCCUCAAGAAGGCGGAUGGGAACAGCACAGAGUGGCGGGCUUACUGUAACCUGAAUGACCUUGGUGUGCAGCGCGGGGACACCAUGACAUUGAGGGACAACAAAAGCACCAGGAUUGCUAAAGACUACAUGAAGCCGGCCCUGUGCGGCAACAGCUCGUGCUCUCUGAACAGCGAGAACCCGUACGCCACCAUCCGCGACCCGCCGGGCCUGGCCUGCAAGCACACCGAGAGCAGCUACGUGGAGAUGAAGUCCCCCGGCCGCCACCAGCUGCCCUUCUGCUCCCCCUCCGCCACCUCCACCACCAGCCGGAACGUCUACGACGUCGAGCCUACUGUGAGUGUCCUGCAGGGUCCUAACGGCCUGGCCACCGGCUUUUCCCAGAGUCCCUACGACAUGCCGCGCAACAGCCACAUCCCCAGCCACUACGACAUCCUGCCCAUGCGCCACAGCCCCACGCACAGCCCCCCGCCCCCCGAGAGCCCCCCCAGCUCACUGCUGUAG